AUGACCAAUGUCGUUCAGCAACACUCGCCCGAUCAACACCACCGCUUUCAAUAUACCGAUGCAUCCUCAUCAAAGAGAACAGCCGUAGACCAGCCAAAGACUCGCCAUCACAAGUCAAGAAGGUCUUCACUCUCAUCCCUCGACGCCCCGACUUCCCCGCCUCGUACAACCCCCAGCAAGCACUCGAACAAACCCAAGACUGCAUUUGUCGUCGAUGGUUCCAGCAUGUCCAGCUCAGAUUCCGACACAGACUCAUACAAAGACAUGCUCGUCCGCGAGCAUUGGGAUGCCACCCCGACCUCCUCCCAGACCACCGACAACUCUUCACUGUCUCCUCGACUUGUCACUGCACCCGCCCAAUGCGCCCCGCCCGUUUCACCUUCAGAGAAUGAUGUCGCCGACACUGGACAAAAGACCCCUUUGUGGGCCCUUUUCCGCGAAGACUUUGACGAAAGAGGCGCGCCCGAACGCAUCUAUCUUCCACUCGCUCGCUCGGAACAGCAAAGUGCACGAGCGGAUGCCCCUGAUCCGCCACGCAACGCUGCCGAGCCUCCGAAAGCUGCUGCCGAGCCCUCCAAAGGUGCGCACAUCAGCUCUGUUCCAACUGCACCCGGCCCGCCAGCGACAUUGCCUUCGGAAGCGCCCCCCUCUAAGGCCACGGCGGAGCCGAAGGCCGUCUCCCAUCCCCGACGACACCUGAGCAGGCCUCCUUUACCUCCGUUCAACGUCGUUGAUGGCAAAAUGCGCAUCAAGAUCAUGCAGAAGCAGAAAGACGGCAGGCCAGGAGUGCCUUGGCUGGUGCAAUUCUUCCUCGCCUCGCUCGCUUCCUUCGGCCUGCUUGGCUUCGAGGAACUCGACAUCACCGCGGGCAUCAACACCAUCCGAGCGGAAACCAACCUUGCCGCGAUCCGUGCGCUGUUCCGUACCGCGAAUCAGCGCAUCUUGUGGCAGUCGGAAAAGGACGAAGUUCCGUUCUUAGCUCGACAGCCCACGAAGAAUGAGCUCGAGCUCGCUCAGGAACUGGAUCGCGAGGCAGAGAUGCUUUCUGUCUCGCGCUUCGACGGCGUCCUCGGUCCCCCAGGCGAGGACAUGCGCUCGUUCGGCGGUCGUGUGAACUUCCAUGGCCGCAUCUCGUGCAUCAACAAUCCCAAAGUUACCAAGGCCGGCAAGCACCUCUCCUUCAAGGUGCAGCUCUUGCCUCCCAAACUCGGUGGAAGCUGUCGAUUCGCGCGCCGAUUCGGCAGCGAGAGCAUCCUGCGCCUAACCAUGGACCGCUCGCUGGCAAGGGAGGCUCGAAGGUUCCCACUGCACCCAAAGACGCGCGAAAAGCAUCAGGAGAUCUCCGACUUUUUUGGCCGCACUCUGCAGAUCUUGGGCCGCAAGUACCGUCCUUUCAUUUGCAAAGACGAUACCAUCUUCUAUCUUUGCAUCGGAGCGCCGGAUGGUAGCUCAGCUCGGCCCGAGUUCGACUGUGUCUGGGACUUUGUCGACCACCACGCCCCUUUCGAAUCGAACAGCAGCUCCCAGAUGGGCAAAUUUGUCCAGCGCAUCCAGCUCGGCCUCUCGACUUCCGUUCCCGCUUCAACCAUCAACACGAUCACCUAUGUCUCGGACCUACGCGGCGAUCCGCAUCCGGUGACCGGCGAGCGAGCCAUCAUGACGGAUGGCGCAGCCGUCAUGUCGCUUGCUGUCGCUCGCGACGUGGCUCAACAACUGAACUUGGCCACGAUCCCAUCAGCGAUCCAAGCACGCGUUGCAGGCGCCAAGGGCGUCUGGUAUCUCGACCCGAACGCGCAAAGCUGGCUGCCUGGAGAGGAGCCCAAGCGAUGGAUCCACAUCCGCAAAUCGCAAAACAAGAUCGAGUAUCCGCGCGACAAGCCUCGCGACCUUAGCCAACAGGUGCUUGACGUUCUCACAGGUUCGCGCACGACAUCGCCCUCGUCACUAUCGAAGCAGAUCAUCCUCGUCCUACACAGCAACGGAGUUCCGACAGAGACAUUCGCUGAGCUGCAGCAGGCCGAGCUGCGCGCCAUUGCCGACAGUAUUUCGAACUGGGAUGGCCCAGAUCUUGCAGUCUCUCACGUACUGGCAAAAGUUGUCGAUGACCUUUGCCAGGUCGAGAAGCAACGCGCAAAAAGGAGCAUGGACGCUGCCGAGCACCGAGCGCAGGGCAUGGGCUUGUCCGAUCGCACUCAGAUGGACACAGCCGGCGACGACCGCGUCUUUUUCUUCGAGAAAGGGCGGCACAUAUGGAACUGCAUGCCCGUGUCGAAACCCGAGCGCGCCUACGAGAUGCUAGGAACAGGCUUCCAUCCGCGCUCGUGCUCCUACCUCGCUGGGCUUCUUGUCGAGAUCGCAGACACGGCGAUGAAGAAGGUCUUGCAGCGCUUUGCCGUCCCGAUCGCUCGCAGCGCCGAGGCCAUGGUGAUUCCGGAUCCGACGGGCACGCUGGAAGAGGGCGAGAUCCAGUUCCGCUUCAGCGGGGACAGCAUCUGCGAUCCCGAUAGCCGACUUGCACUGCACCACGUGCCCGAAGGCGACGUUCUCGUCAUGCGACAUCCCUGCCUUCUUCCCACCGACAUUCGCAAGGUGCGAGCUGUGGUGCGGCCGGAGCUCAGCCGAUUCCAAGACGUGGUGGUCUUCUCCACCAAGGGCCACACUCCUCUUGCUUCGUUGCUCAGUGGUGGAGACCACGACGGCGAUCUCAUCCGAGUCUUCUGGGAGCCGCAGCUGGUUGAACCGUUCAAGAAUGCAGACGUCAAGUUUGCCGAAUGCCCUUUCGAGAUUAGCAAGGUCUUCGACCGCAGCGAGGAGACGGUAGCGGAGUUCGUGGCUCAGCACAUUGACAAGAACAAGGAGGAGCGCGAUCGCGAGCUGACCGAGAGUACGGUUGCGGCCGUCUUCGACCCGCAGGUGCGGGGCCUGUACGGAGUCAUGCAUCUCUAUGCAGCAUGGCAGUUUGGCAUCGAGAGUGAACAGGCGGUAGAUCUGGCACACAAGUUCUGCCAAUGCAUGGAUGGCUCCAAAACCGGACUCACGAUCAAGGCCGAGGUGCGGAUCGGAGACAGCAAAAAAUACUUUGGAAAGCUGCCGGCUUGGGCGUACGACGCCGAGGAUCCGAGCGAUCGGCACGAUUGGUUCGGUGAAGAGGACCACACGCCCGUUGGAGCGGUCAAGAACUCGCAGCAGCUCGAGUCGGUGCUGUGCACGCUGUGGGCCGCGGGCAAGGAGGAGGUGGGCCGACUCAAGACGCGUCUGCACCAGAUGACGGAGAAGCUGCGCGGAGUCGAGGAUACGUCGCUUUCGGGACUUUGGAAGCAGGCCAAGGAUCUGGGACGAAUUCGACCGGAAGAGGAGGAAGCGAUCCGCAACCACGUCAAAGUGAUGGAGGAGAGCUACGUGCUCACCAACUCACGCACCCGCCGCGAGAUUGAGAAUCGCAAUCGCGGACUACAAGCCAAGGCGAUAUCGAAGAGCCGCCAGGAACGAUCGGCACCGCUGCGCAGGGUUCGCUCGGAGGCGAGCAGCAAGAUGGGCAGCGGCGCUCGCGAGAAGCUCCUGCAAGGCACGGCGGUGGACGAUCUGGAGAGCAGCGACAUGAUGGAUCGCUUGGACGAGACGGUCGAGGUGCCCGUGGUGCUGGACUCGGCGAGCGAGGUGGCGAUGCGCUUCUGCCAGUGGCCAAAGGCGUUUGCAGAACACCACAUCGCCAAGAUGGACAAGGCGGCGGUGGCGAGGCUGGAGAUGCUGCGCGCGUCGUACGCCUACUCUGUCACGUACGCAAGCAAGCCGCGCUUCGCAUUCGAGAUGGCCUGGCGUUGGAUUCUGGACUUCAAGGCCGACGCGGCGGGCGAAGCGGAGAGCAGAAAUUGCGAUGCCAGCACGUUCAUUCCUACGCCGGGGAGGAGGUCCAUGCAGGUACCGUUCUCGACGCUCGAAGUGCUUGGCCUGCGCAAGAAGCCCAUCGCCCGCACCAUCGAGGCGGCGCGAAACCGAAGUUUUGAAGUCUAG